CAAUACUUACAACUGUUGUAUGAUUAUGUUAAUAAUAUAAAUCUAUAACAAAAUGUCGAACAUGAUAUCAAGCAAUCUUCCAAUUCCAUGGAUGAUCAAUAAUGAGACAUUAAAUGACAAUCAAUUAGAAGCAGCUUAUGAAAAAAAUCGACUGGAUCAUUACAUGCAAUUGGAUAUCGAUUCAACGCCAAGAUCGGCCAAGCUUACGAAUAUUAUGGUUACAAUGAGUAUAACAAAUUCUUAUCCAUUGGCAAUCGCAAAUAUCAUUAACGCUGGUGCAAACAUACUUCGUUUGAAUUUAUCGCAUGAAACAGAAAAAUGGCACGUUAUUACCGUAAAAUCGAUCAGAGAAGCGGGAAAUAUUAUUUGCAAAUGUACCUCUAUAUUUCGUUCAAUCUCUGUGGCGAUUGAUUUACAUGGUCCCGAGAUACGUACUGGAAUAUUUCGCGGCGAUUCGUUAUCCAUGGAUCGUGCCGUAUUCAUCGAAGGUAAUACUGUACGUUUAUUGACGGAGGAUAAAAUACAACGAGCGGGUACGUCCUCUUGCUUUUGGGUGUCGUAUCAAGAAUUAUCAAAAGUAUGUCACAGAGGAGAUACAAUUUCGAUCGAUCGUGGCGCUGUAAUGUUAAAAGUUAUUUGUGUAGGAACCAGUGACGUACUGUGUAGGAUUAUAAAAGGUGGUAUUAUCGGAAAUACAAAAACGAUUCAACUUUUGGACAGCAUCAUUUCGUUCCCAAUUAUUUCCAAACAGGAUAGCAAAGAUAUCGAACUAGCUUGUAAGCUCGAAUGCGAUUUUAUUAUUGUCAAUCAAGCACGUAACAGAAAAAUGAUACGUUCUGUACGUGCCGAAAUAAAUCAAAUAGGAUGUAAUUGGAUUAAAAUUUUGGCGAAGAUCUGUUCGAAGCAGGGUUUACAAAAUUUUGACGAAAUAUUGAGCGAAGCCGACGGUAUUAUCUUUGAAAGAUCUAGUUUGGAGCUUGAUAUAGGAAUAGAAAAAUUAUUUAUCGCGCAAAAGUCUGUAAUAGCUAAAUGUAACAAGGCGGGUAAACCUGUCGUCAUAAAUUUUUGUCCAAUAGUCGAGAAAAUGCCGAAAAUUAAUGUAGAAUUAGUAGCAACUGCUGUAUUAGAUGGAGCGGAUACAAUUAGCUUGACUACAGGAAAUUUGAACUUGAAAGAUACUUUACAGCUUGUUCAAGAAAUUAAUAUCGUAUGUAGAGAAGCGGAAAGUGCACGAUGGCAAAGAGAAAUUUUCAAUACUUUUACUAAUUUGGCGACGAUACCAUUGGAUGUAGUGCAUUCGAUCGCCAUUGGCGCCAUACAGGCAUCCUUGAAUAGUAAUGCGGCAGCCAUCAUAAUCACGACUACGACCGGACGUAGCGCCGUCUUGCUCUCGAUUUAUCGACCACGAUGUCCCAUCGUAGCUGUUACGCGUUUUGGUUUUGUUGCCCGAUACUUAAAUAUCUAUUUUGCCAUACAUUCUAUUCAUUACGUUGCAUCACCUUUACCCGAUUGGAUUAAAGAUAUCAACAUACGCGUGCGAGCUGGUUUGGAGUAUUUAAUAAAAAAAAAUUAUAUCAACAUUGGUGAUGCGAUAGUGGUAGUUGGACCAUCGCGACAAGAUGGAGGAUUAAUUAACACUAUCCAAAUGAUUUACGUAUCUUUUAAUCUGGUCAAAUCAUUCACAACAGAUCGAAUUACGUCAUUAUCGAAAAAUCAUGAGAUUUCAUUUUGAUUGGAAAAACGAAAGAAGAGAGAGAGGAAAAGAAAAGGAAAGAAAAAAAGAAAAACGAAUCAAAAGAUAAAAAAAUUAGCAAAAAUCUUAUUAAAAGACGACAAGAGAUUUCAAUACUAUCGUUAAAUUUAAUAAAAUCGAAUGAAAAUACAAACGUAAAUGUUGAUAGACCAUUGAGAGACAAGAAAAGAAACUAGAAUGUACAUUGAGAAAGUCCUUUUCAUUGACAAAACAAUCUGUGGACGUUCAAUGAACAGAUGGUUACGUCGUUGUAAUGGUUAGCAAUGACGUUAUCUCUGUUAUAACUGAUUAGGUUCUACGGCUUGUAGAACGAAGGACAAAGUUCAUGGAGGUAGAUAAAACCGAUUGGAGGUCGGUUUCUAGUACAUACGUUCAAACUACUAUCGGUAUCUUUUUGUCUUCGGUGAAACAAGUAACAAGGUGGAUUUUUGACGUCAAGAUCUAAAACAACGAGUAAUACGAGUAUCGGUAGACAUAAUAACGUGCGUAAUAUCAAUGUCUUUACAUACAUAUAAUGUUAAUAAUAGUCACUUAUUAAAUAGGAUAACAUUGAGUACGAAUAAAAUAAUUCUACGAACGU